CUCUUUUCAAUCGUUGAGAGGAGCAGUUGUGGUGUGAAGCAGCUGACAAGGCAACGGUUGAGAUAGUCCGUUUAUAAAGUUUUUGUUCGCUCUGUGUUUUUAAGCAAAUCAUCGCCAAAAAAAAAGUUUUUUUUUAAAUAUAUUUUCGUAUUUUGUUGAUGUUCCCAUUACUGUUUACACACUCUUUAAGUUUUCUUUCGUGAACUCAACAUACGUCAAAGCUUUUCAUGUGACAGUAGACAAAAGUUCAAACAGUGCGAGAGUGAAAAUACAAAAAUGCAUCAGAUGACAACGACGUAAUCAAGCUCAAAAGACUCACAAAGUGGCUUUAACCCAAUUUUCUCUCCGUCUAAGCUCGUGGUGGUAGGAAGAAAAAUCAAGCAAAUUUCGAUUUCAUCUGUUUGAGAGUGAAAACUGUGUCGAUUGAUGAACGAACGAGUACGUGUAGCGUGAGAGUAAGAAAUAUCAAAAAACGUCGCUUUCGAAUUAACUCAAAUAGUGAUAAAACUUUAAAAGUGUUUUUGUUUUUUGAGUUUCGUGUUUUUUUUUGUUUCUGUCGGUGACGAAGACGUUGAAGAGAAUUUUACAUGAAAUUGCAAAAGCUCAUCGCAUCGUCAGUUGAUGUUGUUCUAAUUUUAAAAGAAAAAUAUUGAACUUUAAAGUAAACGGCAUCAAACAAACCAGAGUGGAGAAUCUAAAAAUAGAAGAAAAUAUUUUUUGUUGCUUUAAUUAACACGAGUGGAUAGUGAAUUAAAGAAAGAAAGAAGUAAAGAAAAAGGAGAGAAGGAGAAUCAUUGUGCAAAACGAAAAACGUAUCACUCGUUUGAUAAAAUAUCGUGAGGGUUAAUCGUGAAAGGAAAUCCCGGAAAGAAAAAAACGAUAAAAGAAAAUCUUGUAUUAAAUAAAAUAUCAAGAAAAAAGAUCAUCACACAAAAUUAUAUUCUUCUGGUUAGAAGAUGAGUCUCUUGAAUGGAUCGGCUGAUGAUAACAGCGAUCCGAAUCAGAGAUCAGCAAACGGACUUAGCGGAAACUUUCACAAGAACGGAAGAAGUCCACAAAAACCUGUGAUAACAAAAAUCAUCGACAAUGGUAACGGUUUGAAUAAUAAUCAAGAUGAAUACAAGAUGGACAUGAAAACGAACGGAAAUGAUAAAAUAGCGGAAGACGAUCCUCUAACGGGGCGUAAUAAAUGGGAAGCUGCUGGGCCGAGUAAGAGUAUUCAACCAAAAUGGCAACAGAAAUUUGCAUCAACAAAGUUCUUUAUGGUGAUAUUUCUUCUCGCAUUUGUGCUUCAAGGCUGCUAUUUCACAUACUUUGUGAGUGUCAUAACAACAAUCGAGAAGCUUUUUCACAUCAAAUCAGCCAACAUUGCACUCUUGUUGAACUUUAGUGAGAUUGGACAAAUUUGCACGUCACUUUUUCUCACUUAUUACGCUGGUCGUGGUCAUCGUCCCAGAUGGAUUGCAUGUGGCAUGUUCUUGUUUUCUCUUGCUGCUUUUGGUUCCGUGUCACCACAUUUUCUCUUUGGAUCAAAGCUUUAUAAUCGUGGUGUGACGAGUGGAGUUGGUGAUGUUGGGAAUGAGAAUCUUUCGUCAUCUUUCGAUAGAGUUAUCGAAUAUAGUAACAGUACGUUAUGUCUUACAAGUGACGAAUACAAUCGCUUAGGAGAGUUUGAUCCAACAUGCAUGGAAAACACAAGUCAAGAAACCAAUGCAGACCUUAAGUCUGUCGUGUUGGUUAUCUUAGCAAUGAGUCUCUUAGGUAUUGGCAUUGGUCAAACAGCAAUCGCUACACUCGGCAUUCCAUUAAUUGACGAUAAUGUUGAGUCAAAACAAUCGCCAUUAUACAUGGCCAUCACGAUAGGUGUAAGAGUUCUCGGCCCAGCAUUUGGCUACUAUUUGGGAUCAUUUUGUAUUCGACUUUAUGUCGAUUUAACAAAGAACGUUGACCACACCGAUCCUGACUUCAUCGGAGCCUGGUGGUUGGGUUUACUUGUCGUAUCAACAAGCAUGUUCUUUGCAUCUCUUGUCAUGUUUACAUUUCCAAAGAAUCUACGUAAUAAAUCAACAACACAAGUGUUGCCAGCACCUCCAGCAAUGAUCGAUGAAACCUUGAAGACUGAGAAUAGAAAUGAUAAGCUUGAAAAUGUUGAAGAUGAAAGCAAUUUGAGACCAAAGCUUCAAGAUUUCUUAACGACGAUCAAAAGACAAUUGAAAAAUGAUAUUCUCAUGUUUAGAACUGCUUCAUCGGUUCUUCAUCUUCUUCCAAUUACUGGCUUAUAUGUUUUCCUUCCAAAAUAUCUCGAGAGUCAAUUUCAAAUGGCAACACACAAUGCAAAUUUUAUUUCGGGAACAUUUGGGAUUCUUAUGAUGGGAGCUGGAAUAAUGAUCACUGGAAUUAUCUCGGUGAGAUUCUCUCUUUCGGCUAGGAAAGUUGCUUUAUGGAUAGCAUUUACUGCUUUGGCAACAGCGGGAGGGAUGCUGGUUCUUUCAUUGAUAGGAUGUCCGAUGGAUAACUUUAACGGACUUCAAGUUCGUGAUGACAAUGGAAUAUUUGGAUCAUCAAAAACUUUUGUGCCACCAUGUAACUCAUUCAACACAACAUGUCGUUGUGAUGAUCAAGCUUUCGCACCAAUCUGUGGAAGUGACGGCCUCAAUUAUUUCUCAUCGUGCCAUGCUGGAUGUAAAUUUGAAACGGAUGUUAAUGGAAAAAGAAACUUUUAUGAAUGUUCUUGUCUUAGUGAUAUCAGUACAGCGCCAGAAAUCACAGCUACAAGUGGGCUUUGUGACGGUGGACGAUGCAACACAAAACUUCAUAUUUUCGUAGCCAUUUUCGCUUUAACUGUUUUCAUUCAUUCGACAUCGGAAGUUGGCGGAAUGCUUCUCAACAUGCGAUGUACUCAUCCGAAAGAUAAAGCUAUGGCAAUGGGAAUCAUUCAAUUUUCCAACAGUCUUCUCAGUAACAUUCCAUGUCCGAAUAUUUAUGGUCGGAUAAUUGAUGCAACAUGCAUCUUUUGGACGAAGAUUUGUGGUAAAAAUGGGCAUUGCUCGUUGUACGAUUCUGAUUCAUUCCGUGGAUAUUUCUUCGGCGUAUCAUGCUUUAUCAUGAUGCUCGCAUUUGUCAUGGAUAUUGUUGUGUUCUUUAAAUCACAUCGAAUCGACAUUGAUCCUGAGUCACAUACCGCCAAUGAUGUUAAUGGAAGUGCACCAAAAGAUUGUGGCGAAGAGAAUUUAUUAAAAUUACGAAAAAUGUCACACGACGUAGACGACGAUCAACAACAUAUGAAAAUUGCCAUUCGAGAUGAAAUUUAAGAUAAAAUGUGAUUGUUAAUUGUUUUAUGUUACGUUAUGUUGCUUUAAAUCAUUGAAAAUUUUCUUUUCCCUGUCUUCUUUAAGAACUUUAACGUUGCAGUCAUUCGUUAAUUGUGAAACUCAAACAAUCAAAGAAGAACAAGAAAAAAAUUCCUAUAAUCAGUGAUAUGAUUUACGAAUGACUCCAAAAAUAUUUCAAUUUUAAAAAUAAUUUUACAAAAACAAUAAGAAGAAAUCUCUUUACACAUUAGCGUAAAUUUUAAUAAUGCAAAUUUUUAUUUUGCGUCGAUAUAUCGGAUCUGAACCGAUCUUAUCUUAUUGGAGUUAGAUUAAUAGUUGAAGAAACAGCAAGAAAAAAUGAAGAAAUGUUAAGUAAACGUUAGUUACAUCAAUAAUUUGUUUAGGUUUUUAGUAGUUAGGUCUAAUCUUCAUCGAAAGUAAAUUUUCCAACUUUUAAUUUUUUUUAUGUGAAAUUUUCUUCAUUUUGAGAUGUGUUGAAAGAAAAUCGAAGGAAAAUUGUGCCAUAGAAAUCUGUAGAUUUGAAUAAUUCUGUCAUUGAAAGCUCUUUAAUGAUGAUGAUCAACAUUAAAAGCUCUCAAGCUCAAAAAAUUUUAAAUAAAAAACCGUUUGACAGUUUAUUUUUUCUUGAAGAAAAGUUUCAAUUAAAAUCGAAGAAUUCAUCCGGAAAUAAAUUAGGAAAAAAGGAAGGAUCAGAAGAAAUAGUAAUAUAAGCUUUUUAUACAGUAAUAUUUCUAUAAACAUGUAAACUUUAUUGCAUAAACACUAAAUAUUAUUUGUCCACAAUAAGACAAAAACAAAAAGACAUAAAUAAAAAAAUAUUUGUAACUUUUCUAACGAUCAUCAUGGAAGUUUUGGAUUGCUUCAAUUCUUUCUCUUGAAUCAGGUGGAAGUGUUUGCAUGAAACGAGAGUUUGAAAUUGGUGACUCAAACACAUCAUCUUCACUUUCAUCACUUGCCAACCAAUGUGAAAUCAAAGGACUUCGCUCGUGAAUGAUGUUUGACCGAUAAUGAUGACGUCGACAUGGCGAAAUAAUUCUAAAUCUGUGUCUAGCUGAUGAUGAAUUUGGAAUUCCAAUCAAGCAUCUAUUUCGACGAUAUCUCGCAACAUUUCUAUUAUACUCGUCAACAUCGCCACCACAACGUAUCAACAAUUCAUUAUGGCUCUCAAUGUUACGAGAAUAGAUUUCUUUUCGAAUUGUUAACAUAACUGCACCAACAACGUAAACAGUUAUUAAAGAAUAAUCCAACCAGUUCAGAAAUAUUUUAGAAUUGAUGAAUUUUCGUCUAUAUAAUGACCAUAUAUGAUCUUUCGUGUUAUAUGCAGAAAAGAGUGCAUGAAAAUUAUCAACGAAAAUGCGAUGAAUAUUUCCACAUUUCGAUAAAUAUGACAAUCCAUUGAUGAGUGCAAAGCCGCCAAGAAAAACUGAGAAAGAAAUCCUAAAAAUUCCUAAAGCAAGUGAAAAGAAAAAAGCGAGUCCAAACUGCAAGUAAAUUGACGUGAUUUCAUUGAAAAAUAGUUCCAUUAUCAAUGCUAUUGUUAUGUUGCUGAAUAAUAAUUUUGAUAAAUACCGACCAACACGAUAACGAAGCGAAAUUGUUGCGAACAAAGCUGACGAAAUUAAACCGCUGAAUAUUGUCGUCAUAAAAAUGUCAAACUUUGUCAUCGUCACAUGGCGGCUCUCAAGAAAUGCAAUCAUGAAAAAUGAUCCGAUGAACAUCCCAUUUAAACCUGCUUCGAUAAUAUCAGGCAUGAGAAGAUUGAAAGUCAUAACAAGGGAAAACAUCACAAGAACAAAUCCGAUCGACUGCUUCAAUAAGCUAAUGUUAUUACAAUGGCUGUUCCAAAUGUUAUUCAAACACGAAUCAGUCAUUUUAGGAAUGUAAAAUCCUGUCCGUCCUUUCCUAUCCACAACAAACGAGUUGAAGAUGAUUCCAGUGCCUGGAACUUUUUCAAAGUAUCGAUGAAAUGGAGAGAAAUUUUGUGUCGCCUGAUAGCUUUUUGGUGGAUUAACAUCAAAAAUCAUACUUUUAAUGCCAUUAAAGUAUGUUUCAUGAUUGAAAUUCAUUCUUUCGAGAUAGAUGUAGUUGGUGAAAUAAUGCAGUGGCUUUGUUGAGUUCCUCAAACAUCUAACACUUCCUCUCUUGUCAUGUUCCUUUGGAGAGACCUCAGCUAUUGUUGUUUCAACAAUCACAAAAUCUUCAGUUUCACGUAAUGUCAACAUUGGUUGAGAUUUUGGACAUCCACCGGGAAUUGGAGUGGUUCGAUUGUAAAUAACUAAAGCAGCCAUGCAACUUACAGUAUCAUUAUUGUCAUUCCAGAUAUGAAGAGUUAUUGUAGAAUUGUGUGACUUAAGAAUUAAUCCAAUGUUUGUUCCUGUUUCGUGUGGUUCAGUGAUAUUUGGAGUGAAAGACAGUGACAUGUUAUAAUAGAAUGAAUGUAGUUGAAAAAUCGCAAAAGAUGGAAAUUUCUGAUCGAAUCCAUGUACAUUAAAAGUGCCGGAAGAUUUGGCAGGAAAAUCAAGCCUGCUGAUAAAAUUUAAUUCAUUUCUUUCUAAUCCGUUGCUUUUUACAUCAAUAUCGAAGCUUAAUUC